AUGGGGUCAUGUGUAGAAGUUCACGCAAGUGAGGAAAGUUCUCUGAUCGCCAUUCACUUGGGAGUGGCCAGAAACGAUUCUUUUACAUAUGACUCAAGCAGCUCACGACUUCCGGUCUUUGACCAAGUAUCCUCUGGGUAGCCUAAGAACAUCCGUUCGAAGGUGAGCUAAAGUGAGAAGGCGAAACACCCCUGCAUAGGGUUGUGCGCUGGGUUUGGGACCCGCCACGUAAAAAGCUCACCCCAAUGAAAAACCAACAGCAGCCUCGGAUGAGAGACCCCCCUUUUGAUGACGACCAUGGCAAACGAAAGAAGGACUACGAAUUAAGGGCAUGCACCUGGAAUGUCCGGCCCCUUAAUUGGGAAGGUGCCGCUGCCCAGCUGGUUGAUGUCCUCGUAAAAACAAAGGCUGACAUAACCGCCGUCCAAGAAAUGCGAUGGACGGGACAAGGACAGAGACGAGUAGGUCCUUGUGACAUUUACUACAGUGGCCAUAUAAAGGAGCGCAAGUUUGGUGUGGGAUUCGUGGUGGGAGAGAGACUCCGUCGCCGAGUACUAUCAUUCACUCCGGUGAAUGAACGUCUAGCCACAAUCCGCAUCAAAGCGAGGUUCUUCAACAUAUCGCUGAUCUGCGCCCACGCUCCGACGGAUGAGAAGGACGAUGUGACCAAAGAUGCCUUUUAUGAGUGCUUGGAACGCACUUAUGAGAGAUGCCCCCGCCACGAUGUCAAAAUCGUGCUUGGCGACUUCAACGCCAGGGUGGGCAAGAAGGUAUCUUUGGCACUACGGUCGGUAAAUUCAGCCUCCACGAGGAAACAUCCCCAAAUGGGUUGAGGCUGAUCGACUUCGCCGGGGCCCGAAAUAUGGUUAUCUGUAGUACUAGAUUCCAGCAUAAGAAGAUUCAUCAAGCUACCUGGCUGUCUCCGGAUCGAAAAACUACCAACCAGAUCGAUCAUGUUGUGAUAGACGGAAGACACGUCUCCAGUGUUUUAGAUGUGCGUGCGCUCCGAGGUCCUAACAUCGACUCGGACCACUAUCUUGUUGCAGCCAAGAUUCGCACCCGCCUCUGUGCAGCAAAAAACGCACGCCAACAAACACAAGGAAGGUUCGACGUCGAAAAGCUGCAAUCACAACAGACUGCCGAACGAUUUUCUACUCGGCUUGCACUUCUGCUCUCUGAGAGCACUCAUCAACAACUCGGUAUAAGGGAACUGUGGGACGGCAUUUCAAACUCCUUACGUACAGCUGCAUCCGAAACCCUUGGUUUUCGGAAAGUGCAAAAGAACAACUGGUACGACGAAGAGUGCCGCGCCGCAGCGGAGAGAAAACGGGCUGCCUACCUCGCAACGUUACGAUCGACCACAACACGUGCGGGAUGGGAUAGAUACCGAGAAUUGAAGAGGGAAGCGAGACGCAUCUGCAGACAGAAAAAGAAAGAGGCCGAAAUGCGUGAGUAUGAAGAGCUUGAUAAGCUGGCCGACAGGGGUAAUGCUCGAAAAUUCUACGAAAAAAUGCGGCGGCUUACAGAAGGUUUCAAGACCGGAGCAUACUCUUGUAGAACCCCCAAAGGUGAUCUAGUGACCGAUGCCCACAGUAUACUUAAAUUAUGGAGGGAACACUUCUCCAGCCUGCUGAAUGGCAGUGAACGCACAACACCAGGAGAAGGAGAACCCGAAUCCCCAAUCGAUGAUGAUGGAGCAGACGUUCCAUUACCCGACCAUGAAGAAGUUCGAAUAGCAAUUGCCCGCCUGAAGAACAACAAAGCGGCAGGGGCCGACGGAUUGCCGGCCGAGCUAUUCAAACACGGCGGCGAAGAACUGAUAAGGAGCAUGCAUCAGCUUCUUUGUAAAAUAUGGUCGGACGAAAGCAUGCCCAACGAUUGGAAUUUAAGUGUGCUAUGCCCAAUCCAUAAAAAGGAGACCCCACAAUCUGCGCCAAUUACCGUGGGAUUAGCCUCCUCAACAUCGCAUAUAAGGUUCUAUCGAGCGUAUUGUGUGAAAGAUUAAAGCCCACCGUCAACAAACUGAUUGGACCUUAUCAGUGUGGCUUCAGACCUGGAAAAUCAACAACCGACCAGAUAUUCACCAUGAGCCAAAUCUUGGAAAAGACCCGUGAAAGGAGAAUCGACACACACCACCUCUUCGUCGAUUUCAAAGCCGCUUUCGACAGCACGAAAAGGAGCUGCCUUUAUGCCGCGAUGUCUGAAUUUGGUAUCCCCGCAAAACUAAUACGGCUGUGUAAACUGACGUUGAACAACACGAAAAGCUCCGUCAGGAUCGGGAAGGACCUCUCCGAGCCGUUCGAUACCAAACGAGGUUUCAGACAAGGCGACUCCCUAUCGUGCGACUUCUUCAACCUGCUUCUGGAGAAAAUAGUACGAGCUGCAGAACUAAACAGAGAAGGUACAAUCUUCUAUAAGAGUAUACAGCUGCUGACGUAUGCUGAUAAUAUUGAUAUCAUUGGCCUUGACGGCGCGAUUCUCCAGAAUGGUUACGGCAGCGAAGCAAAUGGGUGUGGUAGUUAACGAGGACAAGACGGAAUAUCUCCUGUCAUCAAACAAACAGUCGUCGGUCUCGCGACUUGGUUUUCACGUCACUGUUGACAGUCAAAACUUUGAAGUCGGAGAUAAUUCCGUCUAUCCUGGAACCAGUUACAAUCCCAACAAUAAUGUCUGGAAAUCCAGCACAGAAUAACUCUAGCCGCCAGGUGCUACUUUGGACUGAUUAGGCAACUGAGAAGUAAGAUUCUCUCUCGGCGAACAAAAAUAAACUCUAUAAGUUACUCAUUAUUCCCGUCCUGGUAUAUGGUGCAGAAGCAUGGACGAUGACAACAUCUGAUAACUCGACGUUACGAGUUUUCGAGAGAAAGGUUCUGCGAAAUAUUGAUGGUCCUUUGCGCAUUGGCUACGGCUAAUAUCGCAUUCGAUGGAACGAUGAGCUGUAUGAGGUAUACGACGACAUUGACAUAGUUCAGCGAAUUAAAAGACAGCGGCUACGCUGGCUAGGUCAUGUUGUCCGAAUGGGUGAAAACACUCGAACUCUGAAAGUAUUCGACCCAGUACCCGCCGUGGGAAGUAGAGGAAGAGAAAUUCCUCCAUUCCGUUGGAAGGAUCAAAUGGAGAAGGACCUGGUUUCGCUUGGAAUCUUUAAUUGGUGCCAUGUAGCGAAAACAAGGAACGACUGGCACGCUGUUGUUAUCUCGGCUAUAACCGCAUAAGCGGUUUCUACGCCAGAAAAGAAGAAGAAAGAAAACGUAUAUUUCUCCUUUUUUUUAUUUUCCACAAAAACUUUUUCUUUCAUAUACAAAUUUAAACAGUACAAGAGCUCAAAUCAUGCGCUAAAUCAGCUCGAACCUACUGACCCACCGCUCUUUCGAAAAUAACAUAAUCAUUUUGUGAUAACAGAUGUCCAACAUACAGAUUUGGCAAAGAAAUGCAAUAGAUUUGACAGUUAGAAUGCCUACAUGUAUUAAAAGUACAGUAAUAAAAAUUGCAUACAGUGUAGUACAUACAUAUGUGUAGCUUUCGAGCACUUGCUAUAAAUUUCUCGCAAACAAGUUUGUCAUGACGCCUAAUCAAUAGUGAAACGCAAAACAACUAUUUACCAGGAGAUGAGGGUUCUUUCUUGCCUUUAAUAGUUCGAAGUAAUUUUAGUAAAGUUUCUUCUUUUAAGGGGUGAUUUUUUUAUUUCCUUCGCCAUAAAAUGUAGUCCACAUAUUCUCGACAACACAUUCAGUUGCUGCUAUUUGCAUUCGUCUUGAUGCAAUUUUUCGGUUGGAGAAUAAAACAUUAGUAAGUUGUAUCCAUGAACUGUUUUGUAAGAGCAGCACAGUGUUCGGCAUAAGAUUUAUUUUCAUUUGAAUACCAAAAUUUUAAUUUUUGAAUAAUGGUAUGGGUUAAAUCAGGGAUGGUCAAAUUUUUAGUCUGCAAAGUUAGCAAAGUGCGAACGAGGGCUAGAUGAGGAGAAAAACAGUUUACGAAAGGAAGGGCAUAAAAAGUGGCGAAAAAAUCUCCGAAACUUGAUGUUCAUCGCAGAAUCAGAAAUAAUGGAUGCCCAACUUAUCUCUCAUUGGAAGUGAGAGAGCAAUUGCUAAACGAGAGAUGGCCAGAUUGAAAUCUGACCAAAAAAAUAUGUAAAUGGAAGGAUUUGUUAUAUUGUUCAAGACCACUUAUAAAAAUGUAAAACAAUGAAAAUUAAAUGAAUUUGUGAAGUUUAAAUGUAGUUGAUGAAACGUUUUGUAAUGUCAAGCAUCACAGUAUUGUUUUCAAUGGAAAAUCAUUAAAAUCUUUUUAUUUUGUAUUAAAAGAUCAAAAGUCAGUUGUUUUAAUAUACCAUGAAAAUAUUUAAAUGGUUUCUCUAUAUAUUAAUUAACCACUAUAUAGUAAAUUUUAUUGGUACUAAAUCUUGGGUGUUUUAAUUUAAAUGCCAAAAAAUUAUUAUUUUGUCUAAUCUGGCCAUAUCGGUAAAUGUUAUAAAAAACGCUAAUAUUGAAGUGCUCUCACACUGGAAUAAGUUGCCCAUCCCUUUAUUACAGGCAGGAUGGUGGCGGCAAAACUGACAUUGUACACAAAUUAAAGAGCGGAAAAUUACUUUCGGAAUUAGAAAAAAAGUAGGUAGAAAUAUUUUUCAGUUUUUAGAGUCUCACAUUAAUAUUUGUUAUACUCUCGCAACAAAGUUGCUAAGGAGAGUAUUAUAGUUUUGUUCACAUAACGGUUGUUUGUAAGUCCUAAAACUAAAAGAGUAAGAUAUAGGGUUAUAUAUACCAAAGUGAUCAGGGUGACGAGUAGAGUCGAAAUCCGGAUGUCCGUCUGUCCGUCCGUCCGUCUGUCCGUCCGUCCGUCCGUGCAAGCUGUAACUUGAGUAGAAAUUGAGAUAUCAUGAUGAAACUUGGUACACGUAUUCCUUGGCUCCAUAAGAAGGUUAAGUUCGAAGAUGGGCAAAAUCGGCCAACUGCCACGCCCACAAAAUGGCGGAAACCGAAAACCUAUAAAGUGUCAUAACUAAGCCAUAAAUAAAAAUAUUGAAGUGAAAUUUAGCACAAAGGAUUGCAUUAGGGAGGGGCAUAUUUGGAGGUCAUUUUUUUGGAAAAGUGGGCGUGGCCCCGCCCCUUACUAAGUUUUUUGUACAUAUCUCGGAAACUACUAUAGCUAUGUCAACCAAACUCUAUAGAGUUGAAGCCUUUUUGCUUCAGGCAUUUCCAUAUACAGUUCAAAAAUGGAAGAAAUCGGAUAAUAACCACGCCCACCUGCCAUACAUAGGUUAUGUUGAAAAUCACUAAAAGUGCGUUAACCGACUAACAAAAAACGUCAGAAACACUAAAUUUUACGCAAGAAAUGGCAGAAGGAAGCUGCAUCCAGGCCUUUUUUAAAAAUUGAAAGUGGGCGUGGCUUAGCCCACUUAUGGACCAAAAACCAUAUCUCAGGAACUACUAGACCGAUUUCAACGAAAUUCGGUGUAUAAUAUUUUCUUAACACCCUGAUGACAUAUUUACGAAAUAUGGGUGAAAUCGGUUCACAACCACGCCUUCUUCCAAUAUAACGCUAUUUUGAAUUCCAUCUGAUGCCUUAUCUGUAUACAUUAGGAACCAAUGAUGAUAGCGGAAUAAAACUUUACACAAAUACGGUAUUUGAAAAAUAUGUAAAUGACGGAUAAUGAAAUCUCGAUUAUCACUUUAUCAUGCGAGAGUAUAAAAUAUUCGGUGACACCCGAACUUAGCCCUUUCUUACUUGUUAUUACUUGUCUUACAUUUUAUAGAUUUAUGAUAGUUAUAAAGAAACUUAAAAUUUUUAGGCAAUUUCACAAUUGUGGGGUUACCAGAUCGGCCCAGCGAAAAAUCAGUACGUCUCCAUCAAAAAAGCAAAAAAAAAAAAGUAAAAGGAAAAGGAGCAGGGUACAGAUAGAUCACAUUUCAGCGUCUCAAAUAGGUAGAAUUUAAUUAUCUUCCAGCAUCGUACAAUUUUCAAUUUUUUUUGGUCAUAUUUUUUGGCACUGCCGAUUGCUUUUAGCAUAUCAAUAUUUUCAGUUUUCAUUAUAUACAUACUUAUGGAAAUCGUUGCAUGACAUGUUCUUAUAAUUAUAUUUAGUGACAAUCAUGUCGCGAACAUUUUCAAUAAGGAGACGAUUGCGUUCAUCACUCCAUUGGAUAUUGAUGAGAGAAAAAAUUCUUUCACAAUUAGCAUUGUGUUCGGGAAUAGAAAAAAAGUACUGCGCAAUUUUCAAAAUUUCAGAAAAUGAAUCAAUGUUUGAAUUCGCUUUAAAAAAUGCACAAAUCUGGUAAUUUGGAGUUUGCGAAAAAAAGGCGUUUGCGCCGAAAAUCAGUACACUUCAUUGAAAAAUCAGUAUAUCAGUACGGGGGUCUAAAACUCAGUACGCGUACUGAUAAAAUCAGUACAUCUGGUAACCCUAUACAAUUGGGAAGCAAUAGUUGCUAGCCAACUCUAUUCACGAGUGUUUAAAUAAGUGAAAAACAAAAGACACACAAAGUGUUAUCUGUUAAUUAAGAAAUCUAUGACAAUGUGCAUAAAAACGUGGAGAUAUUAUUAAUAAAAUUUAAAGCAAAACUAAAAACCACACGUGUAACAAAUACCAAACAACUGAAGAAAGGCGUGCGCAAGUGAAAGAACGAACUAAGCAAUAAUACAAACCUAACGAUGUGUGAAAACUAAAAAAUAUCGAAAGACUGCUUAAGAAACUAAAUCUGCAAACAGUUAAGAAAAAAACUUAGAAUUACAAAUUGAAGAGUGUGGUGACUUGCAACUUGCUAAGCGUAAAAUACACGCAAGUUCAGGGAUACAAAUUAUUUCAUCUUUAAUAAAAAAUAAUAAUAAAAAAAAAUUUUUAUUAACAAACUACAAAAACAAUACAAAACACAAAUUAAUAAAAUACAAUAAAAAUAUAAAUAAAAAUAAAAAGCGACCAAUUAAUCACGGCUGAAAAAGGCAGUAAGCGGUGUGCGUGAAUUAAAUAUUGAUGAAAAUAUACGUGUGUGCGUGCAACGAAAUACGCCAAAGUGUAAAUUAAAUUUAUUGCAACAAAAUUUAGUGGAAGCAAAAAUCAAUGCAUAUUGCAGGCAAGGGAAAAAAUCAAGGCAGAUAUUUAACAAGCGAAUUGCAGCUCAGCAAGUGGAGAUAUCCGGCACAGCAGCUAAUAGGAAUAAUACUAUCGGUGGUAGCAGCGACAACAGAAUCUUCAACAAUCCUGUAAGUGGAAGCAGCCUAUAAUAACUAUUUAGAUAUUAUAUUAAGAAUAUCAAUAUAUCAUUAUAUUACUAAGAAUAUUAAAAGUACACAAAUGGCGAACCCCAAUAAUUUAAUCCGCCCUCCAAUCCUUCCCCCAAUUCGUCACCUAAUACCCCUCAGACAUCCUAAAAUACACAAUUGAGUAUGGACGGCCUGUCCAGGCUCAUAGCUAGUAUAGCUUCAGAUAUAGUAAAGACACAGGGACCGCAAGUGGUACAUGCGGCAUUACACCCAAAUGCACUUGCAACCGACAUUACGGACCAAACUAUAGACAUAGAACAUAGGAAUAACUUAGGCGAAUUGGAUAGGAUACCUGACAUCGUAAAAUGUCUAAAAGAAUUCUUUGGCAAUCCAGGAGAAUUCAACUCGUGGAAAAAAAGGGUAGAUCGAGUUUUAGCGAUAUAUGAACUUCAAAAGGGGACACCGAAGUAUUACGGAAUUUUAAGCGUAAUACGGAAUAAAAUAAUAGGCAAUGCCGAUGCGGCAUUGGAAGCAUACAAUACGCCACUUGAUUGGCAAUCAAUUUCUAAAUGUCUAAUUAUGCACUACGGUGACAAGCGCGACUUGUCAACAUUAGAAUAUCAAAUGACCACAUUGGUCCAGGGAAAUAAAACAGUUUCAGAUUUUUAUCAACAGGUGUAUAGCCACCUUUCAUUGAUACUAAAUAAAUUAGGUUGUCUCGAUAUGGGCAAUGAAUCCCUUCGCAUGCUGACGCAAGCAUAUAGGGACAAAGCAUUAGAUACUUUUAUGAGAGGGCUUAACGGGGAUUCACCUAGACUAUUAGGAAUACGAGAGCCGGCAGACCUGCCGCAGGCUCUUCACCUCUGUUUAAAACUACAGAAUCAGAACUUUCGUAUGAACCAUGCUUACAAUGGAAGACUAGUACAGCCUCCACCCUUACCUCCAAGAAGGAAUUUUCCACAGCCACCCCCCAGCUAGCGCAUUUACCCCAACCACAGCGGACAACUUGGCUACCAAAGCAACAACAAUAUAAUAAUUUUCACUACGAUAACAACCCCUCAAGACCUCCGAAACCGCAGCCACGUCCAGAGCCCAUGGACGUCGACCCGAGCAUACAUUCUCGUCGCGUUAACUAUGUAAACAGACCCCAAGGAAGUGAGCACUUUGGCAAGAGGCCACAACAAUUUCCGAAUCAACAGCGAAGGAAGGAGCAACGAACAUUUCACAUUAACACAACGUCACAGGAAGACGGGCAAUUUGGUGAACCAAGCGAUAUCCAUUUUUUAGAAUAAUUAGCUCUUCGCUCUCCUACUUCGAAGUAAAGGCGGAGAGCGGUAGAAUUUUAAAAUUUUUAGUGGACACAGGUUGCAGUAAAAAUUAUGUUAAGCCAGAGCUGGCAAAGAAAAAAAUCCGAAACGACAACCCCUUUUUUGCAAAAUCUAUUGCGGGAAAUUUAGAAAUCAGAGAACACACUUAUGUUCAACUUUUUAACUUUAAUGAUAAAAUUAAAUUCUAUUUAAUGCCACUUCUCAAAACAUUUGACGGUAUUCUAGGGAAUGAUACCCUUCGGGAAUUUAAAGUUAUUAUAUACACUGGAGAAAAUUACAUGACUUUAAGUAACGGCUUUAAGGUUCACCUCAAACAGCUCCCCUCACAGCAAGUGAACGCAAUUAAUGUAGAUGAGGGAAACCUCUCAGAUCAGAAAAUCAAAUGCACACGAUGGAAAACAUCGUAAAUAAAUACCCAAAGCUUUUUUCAGAACCUGACGAAAAGCUAACCUAUACAACAAAAGUUGUCGGACAAAUUCGGACAACAUCCGAUUCUCCUGUUUAUACAAAAUUCUAUCCAUAUCCUGCAGCAUUGAAACAGGAAGUGGAAUCUCAAGUAGAAAAGCUGUUAAGCGAUGGUAUAAUUAGACCAUCUAGAUCACCGUACAACUCCCCAGUGUGGAUUGUACCAAAGAAGCCAGACGAGGCAGGAAAUAAACAAUACCGUAUGGUCAUUGAUUAUAGGAAAUUAAACAAAGUAACGAUCGCGGACAGAUACCCCAUUCCGGAAAUUACAGAAGUAAUCUCUCAACUAGGUAAUAGCAAUUUCUUCUCCGUUCUCGACCUUAAAAGUGGUUUUCACCAGAUUCCACUAAAAAAAUCUGAUAUAGAAAAAACUGUUUUCUCUAUCAACAAUGGGAAGGGCGAAUUUACUCGACUACCAUUUGGCCUAAAAAAUGCGCCAUCUAUUUUUCAACGCGCAUUAGAUGAUAUAUUAAGAGAACACAUAGGGAAAUGUUGCUACGUGUAUACCGACGAUAUAAUUAUUUUUAGCAAAACAGAGGAGGAACACUUCAAACAUAUAUAUAAGGUGUUUGAAACAUUAGAAAACGCUAAUAUGAAAGUGCAGUUAGGAAAAUGUAAAUUUUUCAGAAAAGGAGUAGAAUUCUUAGGAUAUGUAAUCACACCGGUUGGCAUAAGAACCAACCCAAAAAAAGUUGAAGCCAUUUCAAACUUUCCACAACCACAAAAUUUAAAACAACUUCGCAGCUUCCUCGACAUGUCAGGGUACUAUCGGCGUUUUAUAAACUUGCAAAACCCCUAACAUCUCUUUUAAGAGGGGAAGACGGUCGUACGUCAAAGAAUAAAUCUACUCACAUAAAAAUAAAUUUGAAUAGGGAAGCGAUAGAAGCUUUUAUAAAAAUAAAAAAUUCCCUCUCCUCAGAGGAUAUUAUCCUCACGUAUCCGGAUUACAGCAAAGAAUUUGAGCUGACCACAGAUGCGUCCAACUUCGCCAUAGGCGCAGUAUUGUCUCAGUCAGAUAGACCAAUAGCAUUUUUAUCUAGGACAUUAAGCAAAGCCGAAGAGCACUAUGCCGCAAACGAAAAAGAAAUGUUAGCCAUAAUUUGGGCAUUGAAUUCAUUUCGUAAUUAUCUGUAUGGAUCGUCCAGAGUAAAAAUAUUCACCGAUCACCAACCAUUAACUUAUGCGUUAAGCAACAAUAAUGCUAAUAGCAAGAUGAAACGCUGGAAAGCAAUACUAGAAGAAUACAGUAAUGAAAUGCACUAUAAACCAGGUAGAACAAACGUCGUGGCCGACGCACUAUCAAGAAUUCCACACCAAGAAUCAGAAUUACAUACGCUAUCAAUAGCGACAAAUUCGGAUGAUAGCUUUUCCCACAAUUUAAUUUACUGCGUAGAAGCACCAAUUAACGCGUUUAAAAACCAAAUAUUUUUAAAUAAGGAUGUAACGUAAACAUAUCAAUUUAAAAUCAUAUUUCCCACCUACCACCGUCAUAUAGUAACCGAACCUGAUUAUUGCGAACAAAAUUCGAAAUUUUAGAAAAAUUCUAUUUUCCAAGUAUGGCGAAUAAAAUAAAUAUGGUAAUAAAAAAAUGCGUUACUUGUAAGGAGAACAAGUACGAUCGCCACCCAUCAAAGCCACAGCUACAAGCCACACCCAUACCUAAUUUCCCUGGACAAAUAAUUCACGUAGAUAUAUUAUUGAUAGGCAAAAAACCCAUUGAAAUCUUCUUCGGAAGACGGGUCAGUAGCGACCAAAGGCUAAUAGAAGAAGAAAGAAAAGAAACGAAAAAAAGGCUUCAGGAAAAGCAAUUGGCAGAUCUUUCCUACCACAAUAAAAACCGAACGCCACCCAAACAAUAUUUUGAAGGAGAUGAAGUUUUUGUUAAGAUAAAUAAGAGAUUAGGAACUAAGUUAUCACCUAAAUUUAGGAAGGAAUUGUCGCGCAGAAUUAUAAUACCAUCGUUAAAACUAAAACAGGCAGGAUUGUUCACAAAAACAACAUAAAACAAUGCUAAGAAGAAAAAGUUACUUGCAGGUGGAAAAACCUCGAAAUGGAGAACCUACAAAUUUACCUCAUCCUUAUUAAAUUGGCACCCACUACAAAAACCCAACAAAUUGACGUUCAGGACUUGACAAACAAUAAUUUAUAUCUACCAAUAAAGACAGGAGAAGUAAGGACAAUCAACCAUUAUGAUAAAAUCCUACAUUUUAUCAACUUAACCACAUAUGAGGAAACACUUUCACUUAUUUCGGACAACAUUAAUACACUAAAGACAACUACUUUCGAGGACAGACAAUUGCUUGACACAACUCACAAAAAUUUCAUUUUAUUAGAAGCGAAGCUAGAAGGUUUACACCCACAUUUUAAAUCUAAACGAGGUCUCCUUAAUAUCAUAGGGAAAGGAUUAAAAUACAUAGCAGGUACCGUGGACAGCGACGACGAAAAAGAAAUUAGCGACGCACUUACACAAUUGCAUAAAAGCGAAAGAACAGAUGCACAAAAUAUUAAUAAUUUAUUAUACUUUAGCAACCUAUUCAAACAUUGAGUGAAACUGUGGUGAAUUUAAAAUGAUCAAAAAUGUAAACUUAACAUAAUGUAGCUUCUAACAUUGUCGAGCUUUUAGUAAUUAACAUAACUAACGAAUAACAUUGUAAAGUAUUAAUAAUUAUAGCAUCCGUGCAUCCGGUUACAGUCGUUACAGUAAGUAAUUACAUAAACGAACUUAAAGAAACAGCGCAGAAUAAUAAAUCAUUAGUUUUAGACAAAUACGAUGUACUAGUAGAUGAAGAUAAUAAUAUGUACAAUGUAGAAAUUAAGGAUAAUCUGGAGAAAAAUUUAAUUAAAGAGAACGACCAAUGUUUAGCAAAUAUAUUAAAAUUUGAAGAAGCAGCUUCUAAGCUCAGAAUUUGUAAUGAGCAAUCUGUAAAUGAAGUGCUACCAGGCAUACUAAUAUUUAAAAAUUUCCAAUCAAAAAUUACACAAAAUUGUAAUAAACAAAAUAUAAAACAAAGAGGAAAUUUUUUAAUAAAAUUUAAAAACUGCGAAAUAAGCGUAUUUAACAGAUCAUAUACUAAUGUAAAAAAGGAAGUAUAUGAAUCCUUUGUAUUACCGAAUGUAAUAACAAAAAUUAAAGAAAAUACAAACUUUACUAACAAAGAAUUAAGACUGGAAACCUUAUAUGUGAAACAACUCCAGCAUGAGAAUAAUAUUGAAUUUUUGUCAAAUAAAAGCGACAGUUCCUCAGUAAUUAGCUUAAGUUCUGAUGUAAUGAUAAUUGUAAUAAUUGUAAUGGUUAUAGCAUUUUUAUAUAAAAAUCGUCAAAAAGUAUAUUUGUCACCUGAAUCUAGUGCAGAGGACGUAGUAAACGUGCGGAAAGGUCUUUUUUGCAAAUAACAACGGCACACCCUGCGAGCAACACCGAUUGGGGACAAUCGAUUUAAGGAGGAAGAGUUAACACAGCACUUGUUACUAAUAAGUAUCGGCUUGCAACUUCCGGCACGUGUGACCGAAAUGCACCAGAAAGUGCAUGGCCAGCGUCUGCCCUACCUGUUGUGCAGAAUAAGAUUCGUGGAAAUGAAUCACGCCACUUAUAAUUAUUAAAGUUAGAAUUAAGUGUAAAUAUUGUAAUUCGGUUAAGCUAAGUUCAGUUUGAAAACUCAAAUAAAGAUACGCGGUAACGCUGCCCCAAUGCAGCUCCGCUAAAAAAAAUUA